CUCUGGAUUUUGGUAGGUAGUGGUUCGGUUUUGCCGCUGAUAUUUAAUUUUACGUUAUACAGGCUUGAUAACGAAACGCGAUGACGUGUGAAUGGCCGUAAGUGAAAGUAAAUUUUAGUGGUAGGAGCAAUACGCGUAGGCCUUCAAUAUUAGUUCUGUAUUUGUGUAGUUGCAGUCUCUCGCGCUCAGUGGUCACGUUCACUCGGAUCCCUCAGUUUUAUUUACGAUGUGUGGAAUAUUUGCGUACAUUAACCAUUUAACACCUAAGACCCGGCGUGAAAUUUUAGAACUACUUGUCAAUGGACUUAAACGUUUAGAAUACCGCGGUUAUGAUUCAGCCGGUGUAGCUGUGGAUUCCGCGGAUCAGAAAGACAUAGCUGUUGUUAAGCGAAGCGGUAAGGUAGCCGCAUUAGAAGAAUUGCUGCAGGAACGUAGUAUUGAACUAUCAGUUGAAGAAUGUGUGGACUCUCAUUGUGGAAUAGCUCACACUCGUUGGGCAACUCAUGGGGAACCAAGUGCUGUUAAUUCUCAUCCACAACGGUCUGGCGAGGACAAUGCUUUUGUUGUUAUUCAUAACGGUAUCAUUACAAACUACAAGGAAGUCAAGACUUUUCUUGAGAACAAAGGCUACAUAUUUGAAUCACAAACAGAUACUGAAGCAAUUGCUAAGCUGAUUCAUCAUAUUUAUAAUCAGCACAAAGAAAGCAGCUUCCAAGAAUUAGUUGAACAGGUAAUUCAACAACUUGAAGGAGCUUUUGCUUUAUGUUUUAAGUCACGCUACUUUCCUAAUGAGUGUGUUGCGACCCGCCGUGGAAGUCCCUUGCUUGUUGGAAUUAAGACACCUCGUAGGUUGUCCAGUAACCAUGUUCCAAUUAUGUACACCAACAAUAAAGCUACUAGAGGUGUAGUGCCUCCUGUUCCUAGAGUCAAUAGUCAUGCUCACUUUGAGCCAGAGGAAGAAAGAGAUGUUGAAUAUUUCUUUGCUUCUGAUGCAUCUGCUGUUAUUGAACAUACAAAUAGAGUACUUUACUUUGAAGAUGAUGAUGUUGCUCAUAUCAAGGAUGGUGUCCUUAGUAUUCACCGAAUGUCCGGUAGCAGCAAUGAUCCCCAUGAAAGAGAAAUUUUUACUUUGAAGUUGGAACUUCAACAGAUUAUGAAGGGAAAUUAUGAAUAUUUCAUGCAAAAAGAAAUAUUUGAACAGCCAGAGUCCAUUGUAAAUACAAUGAGGGGCAGAUUAAACUUUGCAAAUGGUACUGUUACUUUAGGAGGUAUUAAAGAUUAUAUUCCUGAAAUUAAGCGCUGUCGAAGACUUAUGUUAAUAGGAUGUGGUACAAGUUACCACAGUGCUGUAGCUACCCGACAGCUUUUGGAAGAAUUAACGGAGCUACCAGUUAUGGUGGAGUUAGCUUCUGAUUUUCUAGAUAGAAACACCCCUGUUUUCAGAGAUGAUGUAUGUUUCUUUAUCUCUCAGUCUGGUGAAACUGCAGACACACUUAUGGCUCUCCGAUACUGUAAACGCCAUGGUGCCCUUAUUGUUGGAAUAACAAAUACUGUUGGAAGUUCAAUAUGCCGUGAAUCACAUUGUGGUGUUCAUAUCAAUGCCGGUCCUGAGAUUGGUGUUGCUUCUACUAAGGCAUACACUUCUCAGUUUGUUUCAUUGGUCAUGUUUGCUUUAGUGAUCAGUGAAGAUAGAAUUUCACUACAAAAAAGACGUGCUGACAUUAUAGAAGGUUUACAUGAGUUGGAUUCAAAAAUUCGCCAGGUUCUUGCCUUAGAUGAAGAAGUCAAAGCUUUGGCGCAAGAUCUUUAUCGACAAAGAUCACUCUUAAUAAUGGGCCGAGGUUACAACUUUGCUACAUGCCUAGAAGGUGCACUCAAAGUUAAAGAACUAACCUACAUGCACAGCGAAGGAAUUAUGGCAGGUGAAUUGAAACAUGGGCCUCUAGCACUCAUAGAUGAUUCAAUGCCUGUUAUGAUGAUAGUGAUGCGUGACCCUGUUUACAUAAAAUGCAUGAAUGCUCUACAACAAGUAACAGCACGUCAAGGUCGUCCAAUAGUAGUCUGUGAGGAGGGUGACACAGAAACAAUGGCACUGGCAUCACAAAGUCUCCAAGUGCCUAAAACAGUUGAUUGUUUACAAGGUGUCCUAACAGUUAUUCCUAUGCAGCUUCUGGCCUACCACAUUGCUGUUUUGCGUGAUUGCAAUGUUGACUGCCCGCGCAAUCUCGCAAAAUCCGUUACAGUGGAAUAAGGUUAUUAUAUCUUUGUAGAUAAACUUAUACUCAGUGGUGUACAUUGAGAAAGGCCUAUGUCCAGCAGUGGAUAACUGUGGACUGAUGAUAAUCAAAGUUAUACUCAUUAGUAUAAACUUAAAAUUUGAAACUACCAAACUUUCAAUGAUAAUUUGUAUGAAAAUGUACAUGGUUUGUACACACAUGUUUUCAAUCUUGAGUUAAAUAUUCAAAAUUCAAACAAUUCAGUCUUAGUUUAUUAAUUUUCAUUCAGAAACGCAAUAAGCAGAACUGUUAACUUUUGAUUAAACGUUUUAGUACCUUUCCUAUUACUUUUAACUUUAGGGAACCAUUUAGUGUAUUUUCAGGAAUGAGUCCCAAACUACAUUUAUUUCUUAACCUUUAAAGAAACAUUCCUAAUGAUAAUUUUUAUACUUCUUCUAUAACAUUCCGUGAAUUGUGAAUUCAACGCAAAUUUGUUGCUAUCAAGGCCAUAUUCCCUUUAUUUUUGUGAUGUUAUGCGGCCCCGCCCAUUCACUUAAAGUGUUCAAACAUAAAUAAAGAAUGAAACAAAUAUUAGAGUAAUUUCAAAAACGGGAAUUAAUUUAGCAAUUUUAUUUGGUGCAGUCUAUAUUUUUCUUAAAUUUUACUGUUAACCUUAUAAUGACAAAGUACUAAGUUAAAUCAUAUAUUAACAAUAAAAUGUUCUUCAAAUACCUAUUAAUUAUUUAAGUAAUCGAAUAAAUAUAUUAGUAACAACCUUAAGAAAUCAGAAUUAAUAGGGCCUAGUUCAUUAGUACUUUCUGUUAUCGUUGAUACCUACGUCGAUAUCGUAAUUGAACACAAAUUAAAAAAAUAACCUUGUUUAAAAUCACCGACCGAUCUGAUAAGUAAUUUGCGGAAAACGUUUAUCUAUAUCUGCUUGUUUAUGGCAAUAACUUAAAAAUGAAAUCUUCGCAGAAAUCACUUUUAUUAAUGUAAUCUAAAAGCAGAUUAGUUACAUGAAAAAAAAAAUACCUGACAUCACAGUAUGUAAAGAGAUUCGAUAAAUAUAACUGAUUGAAAUUUGAAAGAUUAUAUAUUUUUAGAUUUUUAUAAAAAAUUGAAGUGUUUGUUGUGUAAAUAAUUAUUGUGGAAUUUUAUUACUUAAUACUUAAAAUUAAUGCUCUUUAAUAUGAAUAUUAAUUCGUAUGCUCAGUAUGUAAAUUCAAGCGGCAGAACAUUAAAUAUAACUUAAUUUCAAAGUAGUAUAACUGCAUAUUGCGUUAUCACAUUGGGCAACGACAGGCUGGGUCAUUAAAGAAAUUUUUAUUCAAGUCUAAUAUCGUGAUGUCUGUUUAAAAUCUGAAUAAUUUUGUACAUAGCGCCGCCAAUUAUUUUGAAUAAUCAAGUUCAUGCGUUAAGGUAGUAAUUUUUGUGUAAAUGUGUAAUAGAAAAACCAAAGAGUCAUGAAUUCAUGAUUCACAAAACAAUAAAAUGUCACAUAUGAGUCGUCUAUUAUCAAAGGUGGCAAUCUGUGCAUUUGGACAAAAAAAUGUUAUUGAUAUGUCAAUACAGA